UUUUUUCUUUUCUAUCAGCUAUGCCUGAACCAGCGAAGUCGGCCCCUGCUCCUAAGAAGGGUUCCAAGAAGGCGGUGACUAAGGCCCAGAAGAAGGAUGGCAAGAAGCGCAAGCGCAGCCGCAAGGAGAGCUACUCCGUUUACGUGUACAAGGUGCUCAAGCAGGUCCACCCCGACACCGGCAUCUCGUCCAAGGCCAUGGGCAUCAUGAACUCCUUCGUCAACGACAUCUUCGAGCGCAUCGCCGGCGAGGCGUCGCGCCUGGCGCAUUACAACAAGCGCUCGACCAUCACGUCGCGGGAGAUCCAGACGGCCGUGCGGCUGCUGCUGCCAGGUGAGCUGGCCAAGCACGCCGUAUCCGAGGGCACCAAGGCCGUCACCAAGUACACCAGCUCCAAGUGAGCGCACCCGCCGCUCCCUGCAACCCAAAGGCUCUUUUCAGAGCCACCCACAAUUUCAAGUAAGAGCUUUAAUGCCAAGUGUUACUAUGGCUUUGAUAGGUAGAUAACCAGACUUGAGAAGCAAAGGGCGGUUUCAAAAUGGCAUGCUUUCCCAAUUAAGCAUUUAUAGUCAGAACUGGUGUGAUCCUACGUAUCGCAAUGAAACUUAAAGGUUUUACUAUGUUCAUUCCUUUGCAUAUUAAAGUCAUCUGAUUUUCCUAUCGCUACAGGGUACACUGCAUUCAUUCCUGGAUGCCAUGUCCUAUGCUCAAAAUGGGAAGGGUGCACUCUUUAAAAACCUGUUUGGCUGAAACCUGAUUUAUAUUCUUGGGUGAUAAGGCACCUGACAACACCCAGCACCUAAAAGCAAGACGUUUUUGAGAUACUGAUAUUGCAAAGUUACCCCCUAAUAAAUGUCAAUAAAUAUAACCACCGUAGUUUCUUGGAGUGGCUUAGUGUGCAUGAAGUUCGCAGCAAACUCACAUUUGGGGGAAAUGCCUUUGUAGCACUCCCUGACUGUCUUCUCACUUGAAGAUGUAAUGAGAAAAUUCUACCUAUACUUGAACCCAGCCUGUGGCCUGUGUCUUCACUGAAUUCUUUUCAUCGAGCACAAAGAGCUGAGGAUCAAGAAGGUGAAGAUCCGCACAUCCAAUUAAAAGAGUGCUGCACAGCAGAGGAAACCAUCUACAGAAUGAGAAAAAAAAAUUGCCAGCUACUCAAACCACUAAUAACUAGAAUAUAUACAUAACUCAAGUAGACCCACUCCGAAUUUAAAGACCCAACCAAAAAAAACAAGUAUCCAAAAUGAAUAGACACUUGUCAGAGAAAGUACAUGUGGCCAAUAAAUGUGUGAAAAAAUGUUCAGGGUCGCUGCCCAUUUCAGAAGUGCAAAUUAACACAGACUCCAUCUCACUCCAGAAAGAAUGACUAUCUUCAAGAAAUCAACCAGUAACAAAAGCUGGAGAGGCUGCAGGGGAGUAUGGAAGGAAUCCUACACUGUUGGUGAAAGUGUAAGCUGGUAAAAACCACCAUGAAAGUCAGUAUGGAGACUCCUCGAAAAAUGAAACUCGAAAUUCCAUUUGAUCCAGCUAUUCUUCUUGUCAAAUAUGUGUAGGCUCCAAAUAAUGUCCAUCUGCCAAGCCCUUUUGCUCACUGUCAACUCCGGCUCUGAAGACUACCCUCUCUCUCAUCAGAAAAAUCUGUUGGGGAAGGAGGGAAGGUUCCCCAUAUGACAGACCUAAGCAAGGAUUCAGGCUAAGAUGCCUGCUCCAGCACCAUCCUAUUCACAUUGCAUCCUGAAGGACGGAGAAAAGGGCACGGAAAGGGACAUUCCCACCAUGCAUGGAAACUGAAGGACCUGAGGAAAUACCACCCCAAAAUCAAUUUGGACUUCAAACUGAGAGCAUGUAGGGAAAAGAAAACACCGGAGAGGUUUCUCUGAAUUUCCACAAGGAUACAAUUGUUAUGAAUCCUCACCCUUCCAAAUCUCAUUACUAUCACCAGAGAGAUAGGAGAUCAAAACCAAACCCAGACAGACUUUAUCACAGGUUAUAUCACCUGUUCUUCUGAGGGCCCAUUCAUCUUUCCAAAAGUAAUUUACUCUCCCCUAAAUAACCUAUACUCCCUUCUCUCCCCUAUGCAGAGGGUAGAUAAACUUUUCACUGGCAAAUAAGAUCU